AUGAGUUGGUAUCAAAGAGAUAAUCCUAAUCUAGUAAAGAAACCAAGUACUCCUAAUAAGAACUAUGUUCAAGUACCAGAUUCAUCACCAAUCCAUAUCAAAUCAUCUCCCACUACUAAAUCAUCAUCAACAACAACAACAACUAAUACUUCUGAACAACAACCAGCUAUCCCUUCAAUUAAUCAAAAGUUACAAGAUUCUAAAGAAAGAGAAUUAGAAGCUAAAAGACAGAAAAUUAGACAUCAUAAAGAUUUCCCCUUGAUUUCUAAAAAGUUUUAUUAUCUUAAUGAAAGUGAUAUUUUUAAAGGGUUUGUUAAAGGUAAAGGAAAUCUUCGAUUAAUUACUCAAUGGUUAGAAUCUAAUUUUGAUAGAUCUGCUUAUUUACGUAAGGAAGAAGAAGAAAAACAAAAGAGAAUUCAAGAACAAGAAAAGAUAAGACAGAAGAAUUUGGAAGAUAGAAUGAAAAGAGAAUAUGAAGCAAGACAAGAGAAAAUUAGACAACAACAACAAGAAGGUAAUGAUGACGAUCAUGACGAAGAUGACGAUAAACACGAUAAACGUCCUGAAUAUGAUGACGAAGAUGAGUCUCCUAUAAAAAUUAAAGGAAGGGCUAGAGUUAAGAAUAUUCCAGAUAUGUCCCCUACUAAACCUAAUUUACAUACAUCUACAAAAGUUGAAGUAUCGAAACCAAAACAAUCCAUUUUAGAUAAAUAUAAAGCCAAAGCCAAAGUUCAACAAUCAACAUUAGACAGAUUUGGUCGUUUGGAUAGCUUGGCUCCCAAAAGAAGAAAAUUGGUCAAAGCAUCAUCUUUGGAAACUCCAUCUCAAGAAGAUUCACCAAUUCCAGCUCCUUCAUUCUUAAGUGCAAAAUUUGGAUAUAAUGACCAACAUAUUCCAAAAUUGAAAAAACAUAUAAUAUCACCCUCUGAUGAAGAACAAUUAAUCGAAGAUGAUAACGCCAUGAUUGUGGAUGAUGAUGAUUUAGAAAGAUUAGAAGAAAAAAUCAAACAAAAUAAAAAAUUGGCAAAACUACAAAGACAAUCCUUACCAGCCCAAAUUCCAACAUCUAAACAAGUGUAUAACCUAAGUGAUGAAGAAGAAAUACUAGAGGAUGAUGAUGUAUCCGAUUCAAUGUCAGAAGAGGAAGAUGAAUAUGUGGCUCAAGGUAUAACUACAAUUGAUAACCAGAUUUUAGAAUUUAUAAAUAACGCAUCACAACAAGAUAUUGCCGAUAUUGCCAUGAUUGAACCAGCUGUUGCGGAUGUCGUGAUUGGACAAAGACCAUUUUCCACGAUUUUCGAUAUUGCGGAAUCAGAUUUCUUAUUACCCAAUGAAACAGUCAACAAAAGGAAAAAGAAGAAAUUGGGUUUGAAAAUUGUUGAAAAUACCGAAGCUAGAUUAAAGGGGUAUAGAGCAGUUGAUUCUUUAAUUAAGAAAUGUUCCGAUUAUGGGAAUUCCAUAUCGGAACAAAUGAAAUCUUGGGGUGUUUCCAGUACUGGAAAUGAACAAGAAGGAGAAUUGAAUAUGAUUGAACUUGAUCCAAUGGAUGAUGGAGAAGUUGAAGUUGAAGAAAAACUGGAAAAUGAAACCACUCCUCAAGUGGAAAAUAAUGACGAAGAUGAAGAUGAUGAUGAUAUCCUUGUCACUGCCCAUAAGAGGAAGGGAUUAAGAUAUAUCAAACAUAAACCAAGUCUAUUAUCUGAUGAUAUAACACUUAAUAAUUAUCAACAGGUUGGUAUAAACUGGUUGAAUUUAUUAUAUCACAAUAAAUUAUCAUGUAUAUUAGCUGAUGAAAUGGGAUUAGGUAAAACAUGUCAAGUCAUUGCUUUCAUGGCCCAUUUAAAAUCAAUUGAAGAACAAGUCCCUCAUUUAGUCGUGGUCCCGGCAUCAACUAUUGAAAAUUGGUUAAGAGAAUUCAAUAAAUUUUGUCCAAGUUUAAAAGUUCAAGCAUAUCAUGGAAGUAUGAAAGAUCGUGAAGAAUUAAGAUAUUAUUUAAGUCAAGAUAAUAAUGAUUAUGAUGUUUUAAUUACAACAUAUAAUUUAGCUUGUGGAUCAUCACUGGAUUUUAAAUUUUUAAAAUCUCAAAAUUUUAAUGUUGUGGUAUAUGAUGAAGGUCAUUUAUUAAAAAAUUCAACUUCAGAAAGAUAUACUAGAUUAAUGAGAUUACGAGCAAAAUUUAGAUUAUUAUUAACUGGUACUCCAUUACAAAAUAAUUUAAAAGAAUUAGUAUCUUUAUUAGCAUUCAUGUUACCUAAAUUAUUUAGUGAUAAUAAAGAUGAUUUAAUUGGAUUAUUUAAUCAAAAAACCGGUUCAAUUUCAAGUAAUGGUGGUGGUACCAAUUCAAACUCCCGGUCGGCUACCCCUCUGGGUACUGACUAUAAUCCAUUAUUAUCUCAACAAGCCAUCAAACGAGCCAAAACCAUGAUGACUCCAUUUGUAUUAAGACGUCGUAAAGAUCAAGUUUUACAACAUUUACCGGCAAAAUGUCAUGAAGUUGUUUAUUGUGAUUUAACCGAAAGUCAAUCCAAGAUCUAUCAAGAUUAUAUCAAACAAGCCAAGGAAAGACAAGAAGCAAGAGAAUUGGGAGAAACAACAACGGGUAAGAAUACCGCUAGUAAUGUUCUUAUGCAAUUACGUAAAGCUUCAUUACAUACAUUAUUAUUUCGAGUCCAUUAUCCUGAUGAAACAUUAUCAAAAAUGGCAAAAGCCAUCAUGAAUGAACCGGAAUAUGUUGAAGCUAAUCAGCAAUAUAUAUUUGAAGAUAUGCAAGUAAUGACUGAUUUUGAAUUGAAUAGAUUAUGUGAAAAAUUCCCCAAGACUUUAAAUUCUUAUAAAUUAUCAGAAUCAACUUAUUUAGAUUCAGGUAAAGUCAAUCAAUUACAAGAAAUUCUCGAUGUAAUAAUCAAUAAAAGAAAUGAAAAAGUAUUGAUAUUUUCCUUAUUUACACAAGUUUUAGAUAUACUUGAACGAGUAUUAAGUUUAUUCAAUUAUAAAUUCUUACGAUUAGAUGGAUCAACUUCCGUUGAUACCAGACAAGAUAUAAUUGAUGUGUUUUAUCAAGAUUCCACAAUUCCAAUCUUUUUAUUAUCAACAAAAGCCGGUGGGUUUGGGAUUAAUCUCGUGGCAGCCAAUAAUGUCAUCAUCUAUGAUCAAUCAUUCAAUCCUCAUGAUGAUAAACAAGCAGAAGAUAGAGUACAUAGAGUGGGACAAAUUAAAGAAGUUACCGUAUAUAAAUUAAUCGUCAGGAAAACAAUUGAAGAAGGAAUGUUGGCAAUUGCGGAAAAUAAAUUACAAUUGGAUUAUAGUAUGAGUGGUGAAGAUAAUUCUCAAUUUGAAGAAAAAGCAACUGUAACAUUAUUUGAAAAGAUAUUGAAUGAAUAA